ACGUCUUGUUCUCAAUCACGCAUAAAACCAAACAGUUGGUCACCCAAAAACCAAGGCAACCCAACAAUCUUUGAUUCCAAAACAAAAACAAGAAAGAAACGCCAAUCUUUCUUUCUUUCUAAACUGCAAAAAGAAAAAAUGGGUAUUGAAGAAGAUAAUGCAAGUGUGGAGAUAUCAGAGCAUUUGCUUCUUGAAUGUGAGGAGCUCAGCAGCAGCAGGGAAGCUGAGUUAGAAAGAAUCCCAGAAUGGAAAGAUCAGAUUACUAUGAGAGGUUUGGUGGUGAGUGCUGUGUUGGGUACACUCUUCUGUAUCAUCACCCACAAGCUCAAUCUGACGGUCGGAAUCAUCCCUUCCCUCAAUGUCGCCGCAGGCUUGCUAGGGUUCUUCUUUGUCAAGUCAUGGACUGGGCUUUUGUCCAAAUUUGGGGUUUCGAUUCAACCAUUCACAAGACAAGAGAACACUGUCAUACAGACCUGUGUGGUUGCUUGCUAUGGCCUUGCCUUCAGUGGUGGAUUUGGUUCAUAUUUGAUUGCAAUGGAUGAUAGAACUUACAAACUGAUUCGUGAGGAUUACCCUGGCAAUCGGGCUGAGGAUGUAAAGAACCCUGGCUUGGGGUGGAUGAUUGGUUUUCUAUUUGUUGUCAGUUUUCUUGGACUUUUUAGUCUUGUUCCACUUCGGGAGGUUAUGGUCAUGGAUUAUAAGCUUACAUACCCCAGUGGAACAGCCACAGCAAUGUUUGAUAAACAGCUUCCAAGCUUGCAGGGUAAGCAAUGGAUGAGGAAACAAGUCAGAUGUCUUGGGAAGUACUUGAGCUUAAGUUUAUGCUGGAGCUGCUUUAAAUGGUUCUUCAGUGGUAUUGGAGAUUCUUGUGGAUUUGAUAAUUUUCCUACCCUUGGAUUGACUCUAUUCAAGAACACGUUUUAUUCUGACUUUGGUCCAACUUAUGUCGGAUGUGGUCUUAUCUGCCCUCAAGUCAACUGUUCAGUUCUUCUUGGUGCAAUCAUAUCAUGGGGCUUUCUCUGGCCCUACAUAUCCCAACUCGCAGGGCAUUGGUAUCCUGCGGAUCUUGGUAGCAAUGAUUUCAAGGGUCUUUAUGGGUGCAAGGUUUUCACAGCCAUCUCCCUUAUCCUUGGCGAUGGCCUUUACAAUUUGAUUAAGAUAAUUACAAUAACCAUCAAGGAAUUGUGCAACACCCCCAAACAGAAGAAUCUUCCUGUUGUUAAUGAAGUCUCAGAUACUGAGAGUUCUAAAAUAAUAAUGGAGCAGAGAAAACGAGACGAGAUAUUUCUGAAAGACAGGAUACCAUCCUGGCUUGCGGUUUCUGGAUACUUGGUCUUGGCUGCAAUAUCUACUGCUACAAUACCAAGCAUCUUCCCACCCUUGAAAUGGUAUUUGGUCCUUUGCUCAUACGUUCUUGUGCCUGCCCUUGCCUUCUGCAACUCCUACGGAACUGGGCUCACAGACUGGAGUUUGGCUUCCACUUAUGGAAAGAUUGGUCUUUUUGUGAUUUCUUCGUUGGUCGGACGUGAUGGUGGAGUCAUAGCCUGUUUGGCAGCUUGUGGGGUUAUGAUGUCCAUUGUCUCCACUGCAGCAGAUCUCAUGCAAGAUUUCAAGACAGGCUAUCUCACUCUAUCGUCAGCCAAGUCUAUGUUUGUGAGCCAGUUAAUUGGAACAGCCAUGGGUUGUGUCCUCGCCCCGCUCACAUUUUGGUUGUUUUGGACUGCUUUCGAUGUUGGGUCACCUGAUGGUCCGUACAAGGCACCAUACGCUGUUAUAUUUAGGGAAAUGGCCAUUCUGGGAAUUGAGGGCUUCUCUGAGCUUCCCAAGCAUUGCUUAGCCUUAUGUUGUGGAUUCUUUGUGGCUGCUCUCGUUAUAAACCUUCUGAGAGAUGUGAGUCCGACAAAGGUUUCACAAUUUAUUCCCAUUCCAAUGGCAAUGGCGGUACCAUUUUAUAUUGGAGCUUAUUUUGCAAUUGAUAUGUUUGUUGGGACAGUGAUAUUGUAUGUCUGGGAGCAAUUGAACAGGAAAGGUGCAGAAGAUUAUGCAGGGGCAGUCGCUUCGGGUUUGAUAUGCGGUGAUGGGAUUUGGACUAUACCAUCAGCAAUCCUUUCCAUUUUCAGGAUUAAUCCACCCAUCUGUAUGUACUUUAGGCCUUCUGUGAGCAGGUACGCCAUGUAUGGCACUGUAAUCCAUGUAUGGCACUGUAAUUCUUUCUUCUUUUGAACUCAUAAAUGAUUUGUAGGGACAUGUAAAUAUCUCUGUUGUUGUAUUAUGUAUAUCCAUUUGAUUGAUAUCCCAAGUAUGCAUUUCAAUCUUUCAGAUGA